ACUAUAAAUAUGUGUAUAUCUACAUAUCAUGACUACGACUCCUGCGACAAGCUAGACGCCAUGCCUUUCCCUAACCUUUCCCAACAUCUUCUUGUUCAAAUACUCUCAAAAUUAGAUGUCAAGUCUCUGUUGCGAUUCAGGUGCGUGUCCAAGUCAUGGCGCUCUUUGAUCUCCGACCCCUACUUCAUCAAAACCCACCUCAAUCAAUCACUCGCAAAGUCUUCCAGCAUCCAAACACCACACAAUAUUCUAUUCAUAUCCUAUCCCUUCCGCCCAUACGGUCUCUACACCGCAAGUUUCAGAUCCGCCGACGACAACAACAUUGUAGUACAAAAGAUUGAUUUUUUAUUUCAGAGCAGCCCAGGAUGUCAAAUCAGAGGAUGUUAUAUCAUGGGUUCUUGCAAUGGGUUGAUAUGCAUUGAGGUAGAAUCUCUUCUUAUUAAAAGCUCUAAGCUUAAGCGAGAUACAUAUGUAUUCAAUCUUUCCACCAGGGAGUUGAGGCAAAUACCAGAUUGCGAUUAUUAUUUCCCUCCAUGCCUACAUAAGAUAGUUGGAUUUGGCUAUGACCAUUGCCAUGAUGACUACAAACUGGUGAACAUAGAUUGCGAUCGAAUAUUUGUAUAUUCAAUGAGAACCGAUUCUUGGAGAGUAGUUGAAGACUUCAAUAAUAAGAUGGAUUUUCGUGUUUUCCCGUAUGGGACACAGCUGAAUGGGGCCAUUCAUUGGCUUCGUAUUAAAAACCCUAAUUUUACAUAUAAGAUUGCUGCUUCUAGAAGAAUGGUGGACCCUAAAAUUACAUAUGAGAUUGCUGCUUUUAGAAUGGUGGAUGAGAAACUGCGGAUGUUUCCCUUGCCAAGUACUUGUGCCAACAUCAAUUUUCAUAAGGCGCCCCAAGUGGGGGUGUUUGAAGGAUGCCUUUGUAUAGUACCACCACCAGGUUGUGAUAGUGCAUUGUGGGUUAUGAAGGAAUAUGGGGUGGAGCAGUCUUGGACUAGAAUUGAUAUUAAGUUCCCAGUAGUUUCAGAUAUGUUGGCUUUGUUGAGGAAUGAAGCGCUGAUGGACUACACUAAGUUGGUUUUACACAACAGGAUAAAUAGGGAUGGUACUCUUGUCAUAUGGGACGGGGAAAAUGAAAAAGAUAUGUUUGAUUUUCAUGCGACCAUCUCUGUAGAUAGUCUCCUUUCACCCUUCAUGAAAAUGCAGGGAAAAGAGUCAAACUCAUCUGACACACCCGAGAUGAAUUGAGAGUUUUAUAUUCGGAGUUGCUGAGCUUUAGAACUUCAAUGAUGUUGAAGAUAUGGAUGAAAUGUUGCAAGAAUUGAAUCUUCUUGCAGGUUGGCAAAAUCUUAAAUAUUUGGAGCACAUCUUCUAGGUUGCUGAUCCUCACAGUUCGUUUCAUGCCAUUCUUUUCCGUAGUCUAUCAUGGGAUUCUGCAGGUCUUAAUUUUGUUGCUUCAAGUUCAUACAACCUGAGGAUGUAUUGAAGAAUCGGUUGGAGCGCACCUUCUGCAGCAGCAGCUUGUCAAAGGGUGUUGGUUCUUUACGUUUUAAAUUCUCCAUUCUAGUAAACACUACCUUUGCUCAAGUUAUGAUUGUUUUAGAUGUUGUUUUACUUCUCUAGUUUGUUUUAUUUAAUUUGAUGUCAUAGCAUCAUCGUUUGAAUGUAUGUCAUAAAGUCACUGUUCUCAGUCUAUUUUUCAUGAUAACAGGGGCAGCGAUUUUAUCUCGCUUUCUACCCUAUCUUCUGAUUGAUCUGUUUGUGCUGUUUUUGUAGUGGCAAUUCUACAUUAUUCAUGUUGGCGAGGUAGUCUAGAUUUAUAGUAUGUCUUAUGAAUUGCGCUGAUUCUCUUAUGUAGAUCUUUGACAUUCUCAUCUUCUGGUGUUGUCUUUACUCUUUAGCAAUGAUUCUAUAGAUCUUUGACAGAAUGGAUGUGUUUUCUUGUUGCACUGAAAGAUUUAGUUGGAUACACAUUGUAAGUCAUCUAAGAUACAAAUUAUGGUUUUUCAUGAUUCCCUAAUUCUGAUUACUUUGAACUUGCUAAUUUAAUUAGGGAACUUCACCUUGGAUUUUUCUUUUGCUUUGUGUACAAGUUGGCUCUUACAUAUAAUAUUGUUUUUGUUUACAAUACAAAUAAAGCAUGGACAUGUACAAAUUUUGGUUUCUUCUCUGGUUUAAAAUUUCUUUCAAUAAUCAUUCUGUAUUUACCAGUGUCUAUUUUUUUAUGUUCUGCAAUUUUUUAGUUUAUUUGCUGUUGUGCAUAAGGUUUUGAAUGUAUGCAUGCAAUUGUUGUUAUAGCCUAUAGGAUUAAAUUGUAACUAGCUGGGACGAUGUUGAAAUCUUCUUCUUGCAAAAUCCUGCUAUUUAUGGAUCUUCCGGUUGUCUGUCACUUGUUACCAUAGCUCACUGGCAUGAUUCGUUAGAAAGGACUCAUAUUAUCAUCAUUUAUUUAUGUUUUAGUUGGCUUACACUUUGUCAUUACUUUUCAUUAUCGAGUUCAAGUUAAAUGCAUCAUGCAUAAUCAAUGUUUGGUAGUUUUUCAUUUAUUUAUUUCUCAAUUUACAUGCACUUAGCAUGAUUAUGGUGAUGAAUGUAUCUAGCCUUGUUGCCAUUCACUUUUGUGUUUUUUGUUGUUGAUAAGAUGGUCUUUAGAUUUUCAAGGUGGAUGUGCAAAAAUUACUUUUCGGUUUAGUAUCAUUUUUGUUUGCAGUACACAUGGUUACUAAUAUAGAAAACAGAGCAUUAUAAGCCACAAGUUUUUUUCUUUGAUUUAAAUUUUUAUGAUGCUGUUCAUAUUGAAGAUGCGAGAUAUUUAGCUUCUCCUGAAAUUCAUUGUGCGCAGGAAGUGUGUGAAGGUGCUCAGAUCGUUUUUGUUUGUUCUUCUUUUGUGAAGUAUUACCAUGUGUUGGUUUAGUUCUUAGCUGUCUUUUCACUUGUCUAUGUUGGUCACUCAGCAAGACUCUCAUUAACUCUGGAGCUGCUAAGAGAAUGCAUUACCAUUUUUUUUUGGUUUAAUUAAUAUGUGUGAGUCUCAUGAGUAGAUGUUUUGGUGAUUUACUUUUUGUUGUUUUCGACAUUAUGAUCAAUCCAAGGACAUAGACUGUAACACGAAUGUAGUUCCUGCUGCCAAAAUGAAUGUAAUGCGGUCUUCAUUUAUUUUAGAUUCUUUAGCAUAUGUUUUCUCUGUUUCUGGUUUUGUGCAAUGGAUUCUUUAGGUUGUUUCGUAUUAUGUAUUCUCUGUUGAUUACUAUUUUGUUGCUUUUGACAUCAUGAGCAAACGAAGGACAGACUGUAACACUGCUGGAUUCCCCGCUGCUGAAAUGAAACGUAAUGGUGUCUUCACUUACAAUUGUUUUUUGGUUUAAUAAAUGUUUGUUAUCUCGAGUAGAUGCUGAUGGUUCUUUACUGUUUUGUUACUUUUGACAUCAUGAGCAAACAAAGGACAGACCGUAACGCGGCUGGACUGCCUGCUGUUGAAAUGAACGUAAUGUUGUCCUCGUUUACAAUUAUGUUUUGGUUUAGUAAGUAUUAUUCUCUUAAGUAGAUGUUUUGGUGUUUUUACUCUAUGUUUUUUUUUUUUGAACAUGACUAGAGUUCCUGCUGCCGAAAUGAAUGUAAAGGCAGUCUUCACUUAUACUAAGUUUCAUUAACAUGUUGUCUUUACAUUUUUUUGUUUUUUUUAAAAAUGGUUUUAUGUUAUUGGAUGUUUUUGUGCCAUGGUUACUAGUAUGUCCUUAUGUUCUUGUCUUGAACCGUCUUUCCAUUGUUUAGGAUGGAUUUGGGUGUUAGUAAAAGUAUGCGUUACAAUUAUUUUUUGGUUUAAUAUACAUGCUUGUCUCUUUAGUAGAUUUUGAUGGUUAUUUACUAUUUUGUUUCUUUUGACAUCACAAGCAAAACAACGAAAGACUGUAACUUGGUUGUAGUGCCCACCGCUGAAAUGAACGUAUUGUUGUCUUCAUUUACGUUAUGGUUCUUUAAUUCAUUUUCUUCACUUCUAGUUUGUUUUUAUAUAAUUUGAUGUUAUUGUGCCAUGUAUGUCCUGAAGCCACGGUGCUCGAAGUAGUCUCUUCUUUUUGUAAAGGUUCUGUGUAAUGCUGUGAUGAUUUUAAUUUUUUUAUUUGCCCAUUCUUCUGGUUCACAAGUAUGUGUUGUGUUUAGCAGUUCUUCUUAUUCAUGUAUGCGAGAUAGGUUAGGGAUUAAGUCUGUCUGAUUGUUUGUGCUGAUACUCUUUAUGUGGAUUGUGUCACUCUUCUCCAUGAAGCAGAUGAUUGUACUAUUUUGCUUUUGCUUUUCUGUUCAAGAUUUUGUUGAUCUCUAAUUCAAUAUGACGAUCUUUUAUUUCCAUUUGAAUUGGCUGUUUUUCAGAUGAUAGACUCUUAGGGUAACUUUCAUAUUUUUGUUGUGGUGAUUUGAAUUUGAUGUAGCAUAUGCUGGUGCAAAAUUUUAAGUCAAUGUUUCUUGGACUUGUUGUUUUAUUGGAGUUUCUGCUAAAUGAGUUUCUGGGUUUCAGUAAAGUUUAUUUUUUUGGUAAUGUUCUGACAGUUUCUUUGGAGCUUAGCAACUUCAGCAUGUUGAGCAAAAGAAGAUAUAUUGCAACGUUGUUUUUGUUUUUCCCUUUACGAUGGUGAUGCAUGCAUCAUUUUUUCCUUUCAUUAUCCAUACAAAUUUUCUUAUUUGGUUAUAUGGAUUUUGUGUGUCACAAUAGUGAAGAUUAUAUUUUGUUUCUGUCUUUAUUUUUAAGUGUUUCUGUUAGAUUUAAUAAAAAAAUAUUUUUGUUUUCUAAGACGAUAAUUCAUGUUUUGUUGAGUAGUAAUUGUCUCGGCGAUUGAUUGCCCUCUCUUCACUUUGAAGCUUUUGGUAAUGUCUUGUUAUUUGCUGUAUAACACCCUUACAGAAAAAAGGGUUUAAAAAUUACAGAGCGCUGUAAGACCUUAUGCUUCAGAAUCGUAUUUGUUUAAUUUUGGGCUAAAACUUUUAUUAUGCGCUAUGGAGAUGUGAAAAAACCAAAAAACAACACUAUUUCUGCUGAUUUCAACCUGUACAGGUUGUCGGAUCUGGAGAAGUGAAAUUUUUGGGUUUUCGCUGAAUUCACUCUGUGCAGGUAAUCAGUUUUUGCUUUCUUGGUAGUUGUAAGAUUUGUCUUCCGUGGGUAUCGGUUCUUAGGCCCUUGGCUUUAUGUUCAAUUUUUCAUUUCAUGUGACCCAUAAGAACGUGGUGAUUGAAUUUGAAUGAUGUUGAAAAUCAUCUGGGAUAAUUUUUGUGAUCUGUCACAUUCUUUUUACUUCAUAACACAUUCCGGGACACGCUUUCAUUGCUUGGUUGCUAUCAGCCAUAAGCUGAAAACCAGAGAUAAGCUUAUAGUCUCUCAGGCAGGAAUUUUGACAGAAUGUUCUCUUUAUUAUCCAGAGAAGAUGAGCAUCGCGACCACAUUUUCUUUAAUUGCUCCUACUCCAGCAAAGUUUGGCAAUUUUUCCCACAUUCAUGCGGGAUAUACUCGGUGAACAGGGUAUUGUGGCCAUUGCUAAUUGGAUAGCUAAUCUUUGGAACCCGGUAUCAAAGUCAAACAAAGCUAUGGCUUAUGAGUUAUGUUUUGCUGGGACAGUUUAUUACCUCUGGAGGGAGAGGAACAACGGAACCUUCUCAAACAAAUCGAGGACGGCAUUAGGUGCAAACUCUCUGUUGUUGUUCGGCACUCUGAUUGUACAACUUCGAGGUCUGUUGCUGCUGAUUGGAGCCUUCCAAGCUCGAUGAUCAUUGCUAAACUUCGUUGCUGGUCUUCUGUUUGUAUGCUAAACAUUCAUAGUUUAUUUACCCAAUAUAUAUAUAUAUAUAUAUAUAUAUAUAUAUAUAUAUAUAUGUUUUCAAGUUAGUGAGGUUGUUUUUAGAUUCAUGUGUUUAUUAUUAUGUUAUAUUCCUCUUAC